UAGAUUGUAUUCUACACAGAAAGACUCGUGCAGGCAGGGGAGAACCAGGCGCUGCAAUGAGAACGAAUUGUGCGCGCUUGUGCCAAAAGAUUGAGGACAAUAUGCAAAAAUGUCGGUUAAUGAUUAAGCCGUGGAUAGAAGCCCCUUUUAGUCCCGUGGAAAUGGAAAUGCAGCGUCUGAUUCUUCCUUUGUAUUCUCUUUUCAAUCCGAAAUCUCUGUCACUCAGCUCAUAACUCUACUGCAAGGCGUGGAGUAAAUACCAACAAAAACAUCAAAAACACUCACAGAAUGGGGUUAUAUUCAGUAACUACUAUAAGGUGUAGUAUUUUUUCUAGACACUCCGACUCAUUUGGUUGGGGGAGGAGGAGAGGCAGCCACUUGAUUUGAACUGGCUUUCCAAGGCGCUACUUAUUUGCAUAAUUUUUUUGUCUAUGGUGACGCUCUGGUUCGGGGCAGUUCACUGGUGUCUGCAUGGUACUGGUGAAGGAUCACACAGUCCAGCAUAGCCUAAGCUGACUUUAAUGUUGCUAUGAAGCUCUGGCCAUUGCUCUAUAGAGGAUUAAAUCCCGAGGUCAGAUAAAUCUUAUCUCGCUGACCUGACUGCUCGCUCCUGCUUUCGUAAUCUCGGUUUGCCCAUCCACGUCGAGUAGAAAAAAAAGAAAAGAAAAGGAAGAAAGGAAGGGGUUCUCACUGCUCUUCCCUGUUUGUUGAGGCUGCUAAUGCCUGGUGUAUGGCAGGGUAUAUUCUGCUGCUGCUUCACCCAGCCAGCCCUGCCUGUAAACUUUUUCUCUGGAUUACUGCUUUGAUCGAUUUCGUCGCUGAAUGAGAAAGUAUCGCUCGGUGCUCUGCAUUCGUCGUCAGAGGAUAAGGUUCACCCGAGGAGGCCAUUGGCGGAGAGGCGUCACGUGACCACGGGGUGCCAAUGUUAUUCUACAAGGGUGUCAAGACCCUGUCAGUUUCUGAAAUAAAUAUUGGGAAACGGCGAGAUGCAAAAGGCAACCUACUACGACAGCUCCGCAAUUUACAGUGGCUACCCAUAUCAAAGCGCAAAUGGCUUCAGUUAUGAUGCCAAUCAGGUCCAAUAUCCCCGCGCCUCUCAUGUGGAAAGUGAGUACCAUCGACCUGCCUGCUCCCUGCAGUCUCCUGACGGCUCCGUGGCUCUGCAGAAGCCGGGGGAGAUAGCGGAGAGCUGCGACAGGACCACAGCCAUUCAGGCGGCGCAGUCUAAGGUUCAUACCGAAAGCAAUCAACCACAGGUGCCGGUGUCAGGCCCACCCCCUCCCUCACAGUCCCCCGGUGCUAUCAGCCAUAACACGAGCAACGGGUCCAGCCAGCCCAGUGCCAAGAACGGCUCCCCGACCUCAACCACCCGCAGCAAACAUAUCUUCCCGUGGAUGAAGGAAUCCCGCCAGAACACCAAGCAAAAACCAGCCAGUAGCUCCAGCUCAGUGGAGAGUUGCCCCGGAGACAAGAGUCCUCCGGGGUCAGCAGCGUCGAAGAGGGCCAGGACAGCUUACACCAGUGCGCAGCUAGUGGAGCUGGAGAAGGAGUUUCACUUUAACCGGUACCUCUGUAGACCGCGAAGGGUGGAGAUGGCCAACCUGCUCAACCUCACAGAGAGACAGAUUAAAAUCUGGUUCCAGAACCGCAGGAUGAAAUACAAGAAAGAUCAGAAAGGCGUCGGCAUGAUGCCUUCUCCUGGUGGACAGUCCCCUCGGAGUCCCGUGGGCCCUGUCUCUGGUGGUGGAGGCAGUGGAGGAUACCUCAACUCUAUGCAUUCUCUUGUAAACAGUGUACCUUACGACUCACAGUCGCCAACGUCUUACAAUAAACCUCAUCAAAACGCGUACGGUAUGGCCACUUCAUACCCCCCUCCUUUGAACAACUGCCCGCCCUCCCAGAAGAGGUAUCCCGGGACCGACUCGGCCACGCCCGAGUAUGACGCGCACCCUCUCCAAGGCAAUGGCAACUACGGGACGCACAUGCAGGGCAGCCCUGUUUAUGUCGGCGGAGGUUACAUGGACUCAGUGCCUAACUCUGGUACCUCCGUUUUCGGUCUAACCCACCUCUCGCACCCACCGCCUGCAAACAUGGACUACAAUGGAGCGAUCACAAUGGGCAACAGUCAGCAUCACGGUGUGUGUGAUCCCACACCGACGUACACUGACCUAACGCCGCACUACUCUCAGGGAAGAAUCCAGGAAGCGCCCAAACUGACGCAUCUGUAGCGGUGGAUCACUCCGCCCCAUUGUCUUAUUCACCUCCAGACACAUCACUGCUUUUUUCUGCGCCUACUCACGGCUUCCACCUCUUCUCUGCUUUUGUUUAUUUUCACUAUAGUUUGAUGUGUGAAGUAGCGUAGGAUAAAUAAUCACGACUUGCUUGAAUUUUUCUCUAUUUGCUCGUGUCAUUGUCUCACAGAGACCUUUUAUCUGGGCUGUAGAGCGGGAGGGAGGGGGGCACCGUAUAUGCUUAGGCCUAUUUAAUCUUUUUUUAAAUCUUAUUUUAAAUUGAAUCUCAAACAGGGUAUUAUGAACAUAUGUUAUUCAUUUUUUAAUGUGAACUUUUCUGUAUUUUAUUUAUCCGCAGUUGAAGAAUUGUGUUAUGCAUUUUGUUGCACUUGUGAAAGGAUCCUUCCAGAGCCACGAGCUGGGAUUGUGAGGAAAACACAUUUUCAAAAACAAGGGUCACGGGCUUACACACAACCUCCCUUGCGUGUGUUGUCCAAUUUCUUAUGUUAUUUAUUUUGUUGGGUGUAAAGAUAAAGGAGUCCUUUAGUAUUAUUUGACACCUCACCGAUCUGUAUGUGGGGAGAAGGUUUGUGGGAAAGUAUAGCGUCUCGGUCCUUCUCCAGCAGCAGCAGCAGCAGCAGCAGCAUCUCACCAUGUUGUUAAUACAGGCUAUGCUUCAAAUUGUUAUUCUUCUUCUUCUUCUUCUUCUUCUUCUUCCUCAAUGAGGUGUUUCCUUUUCUCAGCGAAUGUAAAAUCAAUCAGUGAUGCAAUAAGGGUGCAAAGAAGGACACGUUUCUUUAUUGAAGAUACAAGAAACAUACAUUUAAUUUUUUUUUGAUGUUAUACAUUCCCUGCUGCUCCAGUCCGAAGAACUAAAUAAAAAACAUUGAAAUAUAAUUGCAGCAAAGCUGGUUAGUUUUAAUUAAGAUGCAUCAGAAGCUUUUCACAUGAUCACAAAAUUAAAACAGUUUCUUCAAUAAAAAUCUCAAAAUAU